AUGAUCAUUCAAGUUCUUAUUAUUUUAUUGUUCUUUAAAUAUAAUAUGCAUAUAACCGUAACAACAUUUGAUGGUCAACAUGUACUUAGUAUCGACGUCAACAAUGAACUAGAUUUAAAUAGUUUGAAAGUAUUAUGUGAAGACGAGCUAAAAAUAAAAGCAUCCGAAAUGAUGUUAAUGCACAAUGGUAAACCAUUAACAGAUGACAGACGUACAUUAGGCGAUUACAAUAUUAAAGAUAAUGAUCUAUUAUCUUGUCAUCGGCUACGUGGUGGACAAACGAGUAGCAGUGGUGGCAUUUCUUAUACACAUGGUGGUCCACAACAACAACAACAACAACAAUUUGAUUUAUCAAAUCCUCGUCAAUUAUUUAAUAUGAUACGAUCGAAUCCUCAGUUAUUGGUUCAAUUACGUCGGGGCAAUCCAUCUGUAGGUGAUGCUAUAUCAUCGAACAAUUACAGUAAGUGUUUGGCUAAAGCAUGUGUAUGUUCAUGA